CAUGCAGCUAACGCAUACGCUUAUUCACAUGAUAAUACGGUAUUUGCUAAUGUUGGUAACGCCCAUUGCCCAUCUCGUUCUGCUGUAGAAUAUUCUCGAAACGACAGAAAGUUGAAGGAAGUAAUGUGAAGAACAGAGUCAUAUUUAAAAGGAUAUCUCCAUAUUAUUUCGUGUUUGUAAUACGACUAAAGGCCCAACUUGGGAAAGCCUGUAAUAUAAUAUGAGCGGCGUCUCCUCCAUAUGCGAAGACGAGAACACAAAAACACAAGCACUGAACCGUCUGAAGCCAGGAGAGGAAAACGUUCCCAGCAGUACGAUGCUGACCCACAACUGGCCCACGAUUGGCAGCCACCGAACCCCACUUGUGCCGGAGGAUUUAAACUUUCAGAACCGCGCCGCCGAGGAUUGCUUCAUGUCGGGAGACCCUCGUUUGAAUGCACAGCUGCUCACAAAGCGUUCGGAAUUAAACGGGAUUCCCAAUAAUUUGUGUUAUGGGAAUAAUAGAAAACGUCAACACAGUGAUGUUGGAGUGAUAGGACGCAACUGUAAAAUUAUUAAGAGUAACACCGUCUCGUCGUCUCGUUAUGUGAGCUGUGAAAGACGCUACGAAAGAAAGCAUAAGAGGGAACACGAUGAAGAGACUGCCAUUCCCAGGAAGAGACAAGCUACAGCAGAGAUGGUGAGCCCCUCUUACCAAGCUCCCUCCUUUCUCCCUGAGGGUGUGGCACCUCAGCACUGCUGGGGAGACCUCAGUGCCAGCCCCCAGGAACCUGCAGAGCUGGAGGGGCAGGCAGCCCACAUGGAGGUGGAGGGGAGAGAGAGUGUGAAGCAGUGGGGGGCAGCACACAGGAGACUGCAGGAGAUUGAAGACAGUAUAAUUGUGGAGGAUGAUGACGAGGACUUAGAAACUGAAAGUACGAAUUCCAGCUUCCCUGUGCUGGUCAUGUCGGACACCCUUCGGGAAGGACUGAAACAGGGACUCGGGGACGUGAUACCACGGAAAAUAGCACAGUCCCUGAACCACUCUUGUAUGGAGAUGGUGAUAUGGAGACCCCCAGAGGAUGUUCUGUGCAGCAAACAGAGAGAAACAAUGGAGAGGCUCAGGCACAGUACAGACUCCAGUCCUGUAGCAGGGGCUCCGGUGUUGAAGGACAGGGAUAGUGAGCUCCAGCAACACCCUGCACAGACCCCAGUGUACAGAGACCUGAGCCACCACAGCUGCACCGAGGAGGACAUGGAGCUUUAAGCUACAGCUUCAGGCAACGUCAUGCAAGUGCUUAUGUAAGGUGAGGACCAAUUGCACUGGCUACAGUCAGACACGGUGCUGGUAGGCGACUCAGUCCGAGCCACUCUCAAGCAGAGAAUGCCAUUUGUCCAGAAUUGUGCCAAAUUCAAUGGUGGUAUUGUGAAGUACACCUCCAUACUCAAGCACAGUCCAGUAGUCCACAGUCCAAAAGUUAUUGCAAUGUUGUAUAUAUUGCAGUAAUCCGUCACAUAUCCAACUGCGGUGGGACUAGAGUAAUGGCGGAUAUGUAAAAAGCUGGAUGAAUGAAUCCUGUUUUAAAUACCAUUAACUUACUAUAUUCACACAAUUACUUUUUUGAGAUUCAGCUUUUAUUAGGGAGCUCACCUAAAUCCCUUGUUUAGAAAGAUACAGGGUGACAGAGUAGGCGUCUGCCGUGCAGGUGUGUGCAUUUGCUGCUGAGUGACAGGCGAACAGGAUUUAUUUACGUCAACACACUGAACAGCUCGCGAGACACUGCAAGCAACAGUAGUGCAGAGUACAUACAACACAGUGUACGGGAUCUACAAUAUCAACUAAUCUUCUCUGUUCAGUAAUAAACUAACGUUGCUAAAGCGUGGCGAAUAAAUGGUUAGGGCAGAUAUGUGACGGAUUACUGUAUAUAUUUCUUUCAUUUGUGCUUGUAAAUAAUGCAUUAUAAAACAUUUUACUUGUAUCUUUACUUUGACUUGUAAAUAAUUCCCAAAGGUACUUGGCCUUGGCAGAGCAAAAUGUCUAGGGUCAGUCGGUGUAUGUAAUGAAAGAAACUGCAGGCAGCACCGUAAAUUGAGUAUUUUUUAGGCAAGGUUAUAUAUACCCUGUGUGUGUUGAGUGAACUAAACACUGUACAAAUGGAUUAAAAAGUCAUUUUUAGGUUCUGCAUCCAAAGCAGAAUAUCACUUGCAUAUUUUGCCUGUAGUUAGUGCAAGGAUCCACCUUGGAAAGCAGCUGUGAGUUUGGAGUCUUGUAUAAAUCCCAUGGAAAAGCAGUUAUGUGUUUUGUAAUAUAGACGCCUCACUUUUGUUUGGGCGUUUUUGUUAUUCUGUCAUUUAAGCAUGUGAAAUAUGAACCGAAGUGAAGUGUUCUGUUAAAACGGGCAUUCGAUAAGGUUUUUUUUAUGGCAAGCUGUUUUAAACAAAGUUUGUAGACACUUAUUUUUUGUAAUAAAAGCUGUUGCAACCUA